AUGGAGGCCAACAAGCAUGCUGUCCCCCAGACGACAGUCCAUGUGUCUGGCGGCAACCAUGACCAGCACACUCACAGCGCUGCUGACCAGGCCGUGAUUGCCACCGCCAUUCAUGAGAUUGAGGCCAAGAAGGUGCACUGGUACUCCUACUUGACCACGGUCGAUUUCUGGGUCGUCGUUAUCAUCGGCCAGGUCCUUGCGCUCUGCAUCACAGCCACCAACACGUUCACGUCGCUGCUGCGUAUGGAAAACUGGGCCAUCCCCUCGCUGCAGAGCAUCUUCAACUAUACCUUGCUGGCUCUCAUCUAUGUGCCAAUCACUUUCUUCAAGCAUGGCCCAAAGAAGUACGGCAAGGUGGUCCUGCGCGAUGGCUGGAAAUACUUCAUCCUGAGUUUCUUGGACGUGCUCGGAAACUACUUCACGGUGCUUGCGUACAACUAUACCAACCAACUGUCAGCACAGCUCCUCAACUUCUGGUCCAUUGUUUGUGUCGUCAUCAUCUCCUUCGUAUUGCUCAAAGUGCGAUACAAGAUCUUCCAGAUCGCAGGUAUCUUGAUUGCCUGUGGAGGCAUGGGCCUCCUGCUUGGGAGCGACCACAUUCAGGGCACCAAUGGAGGUCCCGGCGUGGACCUUUUGAAGGGUGAUCUCUUCGCCCUUCUCGGCGCGACCCUAUAUGGUAUCUCGAACGUCUUUGAGGAGUGGUUCGUGAGCAAGCGGCCCAUGUACGAGGUCCUCUCCUUCCUAGGCUUCUUCGGUGUUAUCAUUAACGGUGUGAUCGCCGGCGUCUUUGACCGGGCGAGCUUUGAGGCUUCGACCUGGGAUGGCAAUAUUGCCGGUUACCUUGUUGGAUACACCUUGGCCUUGUCCAUCUUCUACUCGUUGGCUCCUCUCAUUCUUCGCAUGGGUUCCGCUGCGUUCUUUGACAUCUCCCUGCUGACCGCCAACUUCUGGGGAACCAUCAUCGGUAUUCACGUCUUUGGGUACACGAUUUACUAUCUGUACCCGAUCGCUUUCGUGCUUAUCAUCAUCGGACUGGUCGUUUACUUCCUGGCUGGCAGCAUGCUUGGCGACUCCAAGAAGCCGUGGUUGGGCGACAACCAGGAAGAUGGUGUGGCUGGAUUUGGUACUGCUAAGCUCAAGGCACUGAACAUGGCGAGGAAGCAGGGUCUUGCAGCUUCUGAUGGCGAUAGGAUCUAA